GAUCCUAUGGAUCCUUGCUGGUCAGAGUAUUUUACCAAAGAAGAGAUACAAGAAAUAAGAAUGCAUAAUGCUCCGCAGCUUCAAGAAUUGCCUGAAGGCCUACAAGCCUAUCUCCGAGUAUUUGCGAAUAAGCACGUUCUCGAAGACUUAGUAGAGCUGCAUUUGAGACAUCGCUUCCACCCGUCCAAGGUUGACGAACGAUGGGCCGAAAAGGCAAUUGGCGAAGUGCUUGACUUAUACUACUACUCGUACAACUUCUUCAACAAAACAGAAAACGAUCUAUUACGCCGUUUGUGGAUUUUCAUCGAAAAGUGCUUCGACGAGAGCGUAUUUGAAGUUGUCAGUGGCGAGAAAGCAAGCACAGCAUCAAGUGAAAGGAAAAAUGACGAGCGCUCACUUCCCGGUACAACCGCAAUACCACGAAAAACAGUGGAUGCGAAAGUAGAUAUCCUGGUUAGGCAUCUUGAGCAUGAAUAUGCUGCUGGGGAAGCAGGUGUUUCUGGCGGUGUUACCUGUACCAAAUUUGUUGUCGAAUCAAACCUGAAAUUGCCAAAAACUUUAAAAGAUAUCAUCUGGAGUUUGUCGAAAAGAAGUCCGGGCAAAAUCCGAAGUAUCCGUGUGCCGGGAUUCGUUAUAAAUGGUACUGAGUUGGCAAUCAAAAUAAUGGAUCUUCCGCGCGGCAACGUUUGCAGACUGUACAGCUUCGCUGCAAUGGAGUUUCCGUUGACUGCCGAGACAUUCUACAAAGGGUUUGUCCCUUUGCUUACACUUGUCUGGCAGUGCAAGUCAUUGCUGAAGGCAACCCUCAAGUCCGUACAAGAAGAUGAUGAUAUGUUCAUACCAACGAUUGAAAUGCUUUCCCGACAACCCACGAUACCAGCUUGUAUGACGUCUCCAAGAUCAAAGAAAAGGAAAGCUGUUGAGAAGGACGAAUAA